AUGCCGGGCUCCCUGGCGCGGAAAGAACGAAGAAGGAAGGAGCGGGAAGAUAACCACACUCCGCGUGCGAUCAAACCUGCAUAUGUGGAGAGCAUCGACGACGAGGGAGAAACCGACGGCGGUGCGGUGCAAGCGGCGGAAGAAAUACGGCCCGAAGGUGAUGAAGACAUUCCCAGUUUGGUGCCUCUCUGCGAGCCCCAAAAGUACUCUCAGUCUUCUCCUCGACGGGCAGCCAACCCACUGCAGACAUUCGCACGACAAGAGCCUCUUGAUAAAAGCAAAACCUUCCCGAAACAGCCAAAGAGUCGGUCGAAGCGCGGCCCUCCACCGCAAAUUCCUCGGGAAAGCGAGCCACCUUUUGGGUCACUUGGGUCACUGCACAAUUAUCCAACUUCCAUCUAUGAAGAGGCGUUAAAUACACUUCGCAAUAUGACCCCCGAGGACUCCGUGCGCUUGAGGAACGUCGUAAUCAGCCAGAUGGCGGCAGAGGGCUUUCCACUGCCUGUAGACGCCCAACCAGAGGAAAUACCUGCUGUGACCUACCCUAUUCGCUCGAUCACCAACCCACCUUGGGCGCCAUCGACGCGUGGUAGAGAUAUAAUGACGGAUACCGAGGCGGAGAAUCUGAGAUUUGCAUUAUUCGACAAGAUUAAGAAGAGUCAGGAGCAAGUUAACUGGGCCGCUCCUACGGCAAAAGCUCUAAAGGAUCCGAAAUCUGCGGAAUCUCCCGUUCUUCAGGCACUCGGUGGAAACGUAGAUGGUGCCUCACAUUCAGUGGAUAUCGUCACACCUGAGGGCGAGGCCACCUUCGGAGAACACGCGAGCAUAGUGCACUCCAGGGAUAGUGAGGAACAGGCGAACGUCAAUCAUAAGCUACAAGCACCAUUAUCAGCUGAUCUCAUCACAGUUCCGUCAAUCCCGAAUGGACAAGAGGUGCUCGGUGAUGGGGUCUCUAUAAGCAAUGCCGAACACGUCGAAAGGAUUCGUCAUAUGCCCGCUCAAGAGCAAAUUUCAGAAGCUUCUGCAGCUCUCGAGAAGACUACCCCUAUGGCAGAAUCGAAUGAUCACACCGAUCGUGUUGCCCGCAUCGACGGCAUGACAGAGAAGCUUAGACAGUCAGUGGAAGAGGCUAGAGCUGAGAUCUGUCCCCCACGCAAAUGCGUUACGUUGGACCGUGGCUUCGCACAACGUAGUUCUUCUUCGGAUUACGCGAGCUCCUCAGGUGACAGUGGAAGCAAACCUUACGUGAGCCGAACACGCCGUAUUACAAGCGACGGCAUCUUGGAACUCAAAGCAAGCCCACUCAAGGUUGAUGGAGUGAGGAUCCCAACCAAGGAACAUCGUCGCAAGGUAUCGCUGAAGCUUCCUAUCAAUGUGUCUAACCUCCAGCGAGCAUAUGCCCAUCCAUUUGCACGACACACGCAUAGUGCUUCAGUCAGCACCGAUGAAGGUGUCCUACCAUUAUACGAAGCGGAAGAACGUGAUUUGGAAUACAAACAUCGGCACAUCUUCAUCGGAACCGCUUCUUUGGAUGACUUCCUUGAGAUCCUCGAAAUUACGCCCGCAUAUACUACAACCAAACGAAAAGUUGUCAAAGCUUUUGCAGCUCUAGUUUGUGCUGAGCAGGUACAAGCACGUCAGUCUUCGAUCACAUCCGAUGGUUGGAACUUUGUAACCCGUACGACUCCCGAAAACACACUCACCCACAUAGACUACCUCACCGAGUCGCACGUCAAACUUGGAUCAAUCACCCUGGGCAAGUUCCUUGACAAAAUACCUUUCGAUGAUGAGAACGGGAUCGCCGCAAUCAAAGUGGUGGAGGCGUUCUGUCUCGCUAGCCAUCUUGACGGAGAAGCUACUUAUGGAUCACAGUCCAAAGCCAAAGCGUUUCGCAGCUGGUAUGUGAGGGAGAACGCGGCGAAAGAAGAUACUUGA